AUGAAUUUAGCACGGUGUUUACAAUUUUUAACAGUAUUUUUACUUGUUACUAUUUUUCUAUUUUCACCUAUUGUUACGUUUAUUACAUUUAUUCUUUUAUCAUGGUUUUGGUCUUUACCUAUGACUCUUAUGAUAUUUUUUAUUUAUGGUUGUUGGGUGUAUUUUGAUCGUCACACAGAUUCACAAGGAGGUCGAUGGUCUAAUCGAAUUCGUCGAUUGUCUAUUUUUACACAAUUUGUGAAUUAUUUUCCUCUUAAAUUAAUUAAAAGUGAAGAUCUUGAUCCAAAUCGAAAUUAUAUAUUUGGUUUUCAUCCACAUGGAGCAUUUUCUCUAAGUGCAUUGGGUAAUUUUGGUACAGAUGUUACAUAUUUUUCAACUCUUUUUCCAAAUAUUCGAUCACAUUUAAUGCUUCUUCAUCUUCAAUUUCUAUGUCCAUUUACACGUGCAUGUUGUGUAUCAAAGGAUAGUUGUGAAUAUUUGUUAAGUGGAAAAUCUGGCCAAGGUCAUGCCUUAGUCAUCAUUAUCGGUGGUGCACGUGAGAUGUAUCUUACAAGAAAUGAUACUAUGAUAUUGUAUUUAAAGACUCGAAAAGGUUUUGUUAGACUAGCAUUGAAACAUGGUGCUUCAUUAGUACCUGUGAUUUCAUUUGGAGAAAAUGAACUUUAUCAACGACAUGCUUUUUUUAAUUUGAUUCCCAAUGGUAUAGCUUGGGGUCGAUUUCUUGUUGGACAUGUACCACUUCGACGUCCUGUAGUUACUGUUGUUGGUAAACCGAUUCAUGUUCAACAAAAGGUUAAUCCAACUUCUGAAGAUAUCGAUCAACUUCAUCAUCAAUAUAUUCAAUCUGUAGAAGAACUUUUCGAAGUGAACAAACAUAAAUAUAGAUUAGAACAUGUAAAACUCGAAAUUGUUUAG